AACAGGUUUCAGCUGUAAGUGGGGUGUUUCCUGUUUUGUGUUUUCGUCUCUCAGCAUGGGCUCAUCCACCUGACAGAUAAAUAUUUAUUUUGGAAUUUUCUUAAAUAUUCAAAAUAAAGUGCAUAAUUUGCAGCUAGUGAUUUGGAAAAUUGAUGUAAACAUUCACUCGGAAGCUGUCACGUAACCUCUGUGUCAUGUCAAUUAACCAAAAUAUUUCAAACAGCAAAGUACAAAAAUCAAAGAAAAGUGCGAUAAUGCGACUUCAAGGCGACCUCAUUGACGCUGAUUUAAACAUGGGGUUUCGCUCUGACAUGGAGAACGAUUCCUUAUCGCCUGCGUACAAAAUUCGUUUGUACUCCCUUUUCAGACAAAUAGAAAAGGAGUUUGACGUGUUAUACCAAGAAAACCAAAGCUUGCAUGACAAGAUAGAUCUGUUGAAUGAAAAACUUGAACGUGACACGUUCGACAAGCAAGAUCUAGUGGAUCUAGAUAAUAACUUAUCCAAAGCCCUCACAAAGAAGCUAAGCACAUCAUCUCAAAAGAGUAAAACAGCACACAAGUUAAAAGCGCAAACAAGUAAGAUAGUAUCAAGCUUUAAGGCUCCUCAGUUCAAUUGCUGUUUGAUAAGGGAGUAUACUGGUCAUAAGGAUGGGGUCUGGGAGGUGUCUGUGGCUAGGCCUGGAGUACCUGUUAUAGGAACUGCAUCAGCUGAUCAUACUGCUUGCAUCUGGCAUAUUGAAAGUGGAAAAUGUCUGCUACAAUAUCAAGGUCAUGCUGGUUCAGUCAACUCGAUUCGUUUCCACCCUGCCAAGGAUCUGGUCCUCACAGCUAGUGGGGAUUCCUUGGCUCACAUCUGGCAAGCAGCUCUAAACUGGGAUACACCUAAAGGCCAUUCUUCAGAAGAGGAGCUUGAUGGAGAUGAGAUAGAUGAGAAAUCUGAUACAAAUCGGAUCUCAUCUCUUAGGACACCAUUCCAAGAAUUGAGUGGUCAUUGUGGGGCUGUUUGUGCAGCAGAGUGGUUGUCAGGGGCUGAUCAGGUGAUCACUGCCUCAUGGGAUCGACUGGCGAUCUUGCAUGAUGUUGAAACUGGGGCUCUUCUGACUACACUUACAGGGCACGAUUCGGAACUGAAUCAUACAGCAACACAUCCAUCGCAUAAGUUAGCUGUAACUUCGUCUAGAGACACGACGUUUAGGUUGUGGGAUUUCCGGGAACCAGUGCAUUCGGUGUCUGUUUUUCAAGGUCAUACCGAAAGCGUCACGUCUGCCGUAUUUACUCGUGAAGACAAAGUGGUGUCAAGCUCAGAUGACCGUACUGUUAAAGUAUGGGAUCUUCGUAACAUGAGAUCACCAGUGGCGACAAUCAGGGUGGACUCAGCUGUGAAUAGGUUAUCUGUUUCGUCAAAUGGAAUCAUUGCUAUUCCACACGACAACAGGCAUGUUAGGUUGUUUGACUUGUGCGGUCAGCGUUUAGCUCGAUUGCCUAGAUCCAGUAGACAGGGCCACAGUAGGAUGGUAGCCGCCACUGCUUGGUCGGAUGAUCCAAUUAGUAGCGCGAAUCUCUUCACUUGUGGAUUUGAUAGGAGGGUGCUUGCAUGGUCUGUGUUGGCUGCAUUGAAAGAUUAA